GCACGUUGGCAAAGCAAUGAUUGCUUUCUCGCUUGUGCGUUUUCUUCAGUUGCGACUAGCUGCUCGGCAUGGAUCGCGAGGGGAAGCCAAGCAAACGACGUACUAGUGCUGGUUCUGGGAGCAUGGAGCAGCCUCUGAAAAAAACGAAGGGGACACCGACGGCUGGCGUGGGGGUUGGCGGCACACCAGGGUCUAAGGGUCACCGAACCCCUGUGCUGCGGGGUGCGCCUUCUACGGGCACUUCUUCCGCCCAUAUUCGAAGUUCGGGACCGGAUUCGGCUGUGUUGAUGAGUGGUGGGGCUGCGGAUCGAGAAGAGGAGGCUACUGGUCGGCAGGGAAAAUCUGCGAUGGACGUUGUGCCCAGGCGUAAAAGGUCUGGUGACAUGUCCGUUGCAGGUGUGGGAGACGAGGUGCCUGUCGUCAACCACCAAGACAAGUGUUGGAUGUUGGAUUGGGUGGGUGGAAUCGGGGAACGCUCGGGUGGGCUGGUUUUGUACGUGGUGAUAAAAGAUAACAUUGUUCCGAUUGGCGGUGUGGUUAAGUGGAGUGGGGAAAAAUCGUCGUCGGCCAUGUUGGAGUUGACGAUGGUCCUUAACGCUAGAGGUGAGCGGGUGGCGGGUGUCAAACGCGUUGCUCUUCGUUGGGCCAAACAUGCUGGGUACGGCAAGAGGCUUUAUGACAUUUUCAAUCCGCCCGAGACGGAGAAAUUGACGUUGCCGGACCUUCGAUCGAUUUUCGCAUUCUUUGACAGAUAUGUGGUCGCAGGGCAUGAGCCGGUGGUGCAUUCUUCCGACCGCAUAUCUGAACCGAAAAGCAUGCUUUUGUCGUCCUUGGAGGCGGCUCCGUCGUCGAAACCGAUCAUUAUAGGUGCCCGCCCUCCACCAUCACUUCGAACUACGGUUGCUGCAACACGAGUUUCGAAAUCUGGGCAGAUCGGGGAGAAAGGUCCGUGUUGCGGCCAAAUCGUACCGUCAGCCCCUGUGAAGCGUAGACCAACAUCAACCAAGGAACCCGUUUCCUUGGUCUGCCCGUCGUGCUAUGAGUUGGCCAUUCCUGCUGGGCCACAAUAUUUUGGAGAUGACGACGAGGAGAAGAGCGCAGAAGAAUGGGAGCGCGAUGAAGAACGCGAAGAAUAUGAGGAGGGUGGCGAAGAAGAGGAAGUAGAGAGUGAGCACACAAUCAGCGAGAGGGGUGGGCCGGGCGAGUUGGAGGGUCGUCUAGGGGUUGAGUAUGAGGACGAAGGGCAAGAAGAGGAAACGAACGGCAAGGGAGGGUAUGCAGAUGUGCAUCGGGGUUCCAAACGAACGCAGCUGCUCGCGUCGGGUCAUGGGCAUUGGGAAGCGGAUCCAGGGCGCGGGGAAAUGCACCGCGAAGUUGGGGUCGAGCCGGCGGAUGCCGAUGCAGUCCGACUAGCUGAGAAGAAAAGGAAGAUGAGGCAAGAGAGGAGAAGUGCUAUGGACAAAAUGGCCCGACUGAAAAAAAGUGUGAAAGUGGGCUUUGGGCGGCAGUUCCCUGUACUUCCGUGUAGAAGUGGAGGAGCAAGCGGCGUCGAUAUCGGCAGCCCGUGAAAGCAAAAUAUUUGUGAAGAUACGUCCUUUCCGUCCACUAUGGUGCAACUCGAAUGAAGUCACGCCAAUCGU